AUGGGAUUCUUAACGCCUUCCAAAGAUAUGAUACUCAACUUGCACUACAGCUCUGUUGAACUUGCGUCUUCAACUAGGUUUACAGGCAAACGGGUACUCGGAGCUCUACUAUGUGUAUGCACUGUAGGAGCUCUACGCCUGAUCCAGGCCGAUGGCGGACAAAGGAGUGUUGUACUGUACUAUGUGCCCAAGGUGGUAGAUAGUCCGAGACACUAUCACACUGUAUUUUUGAAAAAGAAAUCAGAAGACCACGUGUUGCACGGAAAAGUAGAACAUCACCACAAACAUACCGGGCAUGUUGCUCACGUUCACAAACACAGCGGUCACAAGAAACACAGCCACAAGCAUCACGGAGGACACAAGCAUUCGCACAAGCACCACGGACAUGCGGAGCACGAACACGAACACCAUGGCCACCACGAACACGGGCAUAAACAUCACGGUCAUCAUUCCCAUGGACACAAACAUCACGGGCACCAUGACCACGACCAUAAGCACCAUGGACAUCACGACCACGGACACAAACAUCACGGAGAAGCACAUCAUUCUCAUAAGCAUCACGGACACGGAGAUCACCACCAUAAACAUCAUGGCUCUCAUGGACACGACCAUAAACAUCACGGACACCACGACCACGGCCACAAACAUCACGGUUCUCAUAAACAUGGUCACAAGCACCAUGGUGAACACGGACACGGCCAUAAACAUCAUGGGCAUCAUGAUCAUGGUCACAAACAUCACGGACACCAUGACCACGAUCAUAAGCAUCAUGGACAUCAUGAUCAUGGGCACAAACAUCAUGGGCAUUAUGAUCACAAACAUGGCCACGAACAUUAA